AUGUCGCAACCGCAAGACCAUUUGCAGCCGUCUUACAACGACCUGGAGCGACCCAACCCAGAGCGUUCUGCGAGUCGAUGGCGCCAUCAAGAGUCGAGCGCCUUCGCUCGUGCCGCCGGUCAAGCUAGAGAUCCUCAAGCUGCAGGCACCAACACGCAAGAUCUGACCGACUUUCUCAACUCGACACGAGUCGAACCUGAACGACCCGCCACGAACGGAACAGGCAACUUUCAGCCGAUUGUGAUCAAUGGAGAUGCAGAUGUUGAGCAACCCGCGCCGCUCGACGAUGGGAAGGAAGUCAUCUGUGGUCCUCUUAUAAACUACCGUCGCAUGGAAGGUCAAACCUGGCACGGAAGUGUGCUUAUUGUCACCAAAGGAGGAGGCAAGACACAGAAGUUUCAACCCGUGUUGGAUAUCGGGCGCGUCGAGGUGGCCCAUGAACAACAGGGUCUCAUCGGAGAGGGCUCCGGUGCCAGCGGGGCUACCAAUGGCAACGGCGCUGUCACCAGCAAACAUGGCACCGAGGUCCAAGGAAAGUGUCUAUACUCGGAUCUCCGUAACACGUUCUGGCAGUUUUCAAUCGCCUGUGACAUGCUCGACGUGGAGACCAAGUGGGCAUACUCCAUCUCUGAUGUGCGCUACAAGAGCCACACGAAGCCCCAUACAAGCUACUUCUUCGUUCCUGCCACGACGGAGUCAAUGCGCAUCAUGUUCCACUCCUGUAACGGUUUUAGUGUCGGAACAGAUGAGGAUGCUUGGAGUGGCCCAGCGCUCUGGAAUGACGUUCUGCGCCGGCACUCUGAAGCCCCCUUCCACGUCAUGAUCGGGGGUGGUGAUCAAAUCUACAACGACGGCAUCCGAGUUAACGGUCCUCUGCGCCCAUGGAGCGAUAUCAGUAAUCCUAAGAAGAGGAGAGAGACUCCGUUCCCCGGCACGCUGAGAGAUGAAUGCGACGAGUACUAUCUUCAGAACUAUAUCCGAUGGUACUCGACCGAACCAUUUGCUACGGCCAAUGGGCAAAUACCGCAGCUCAACAUCUGGGACGACCACGACAUCAUCGAUGGCUUUGGAUCUUAUGUCCAUGAAUUCAUGAUGUGCGAUGUCUUCCGUGGCAUCGGUGGCACAGCCCAUAAAUAUUACAUGCUCUUCCAGCACCACCUGGCACCCCCUGCCUCUACAUACACAACCGAUGCGCCGGAAACCAUGGAGGCAGGGACUGGAGUAGAUGAAGCUCAGCUCCAGCAUACGUUUGUUGCACAGCCGAACCUCCCAUCUGAACCGGGGUACAUUGUGGGACAAAGGCCUGGUCCAUAUGUCGCGGAGCACUCCAUGAACAUGUUCUCGAAGCUAGGUGCGCGCAUAGCUUUCUUGGGGAUUGAUGCUCGUACAGAGCGUACUCGCCAUCAGGUGAAUUACCCGGAGACCUAUGACCUGAUCUUUCAAAGGCUCGGGGAUGAACUCCGUGCGGCGCAGCAGUCAGGCAACCCUUACAGGCACUUGAUCUUACUGCUUGGUAUUCCUAUUGCCUACCCUCGGUUGACCUGGCUUGAGAACGUUUUCGCUAGCCCGCUUAUAGCACCCAUCAAGUUCUUGAACCGACGAUUUGGCUUUGGUGGUGGCGUCUUCAACAAGUUCGAUGGAAGCGUUGACUUGCUCGACGAUCUAGAUGACCACUACACGGCGAGAACACACAAGAAGGAGCGCAAUGCGUUCGUCGAGCGGCUCCAGAUGGUUUGCUCUGACUUCUCCAUCAGAAUCACUAUCUUGGGUGGCGAUGUCCAUCUUGCAGCUCUGGGGCGGUUUUACUCCAACCCGGAAUUGCACAUUCCCACAGAGCAUGAUCAUCGUUACAUGGUCAACGUAGUCUCAUCGGCAAUUGUUAACAAACCACCUCCGGCUGCGAUCGCAAAUCUUUUAGCAAAGCGCAACAAGAUUCACCAUCUGAACGCCGACACUGAUGAAACACUGAUGACCUUGUUCGACAAAGACCCAGGUGAUUCAAACAAGACUUUGAACUCGAACCACGUCACUAUGCCUAGCCGGAACUAUGCCAUACUGACGGAAAACUCGCCUAACAACCACUUUACCUCCACCAACGGUAACGCUGGGGAGGCAUCACAAUUCAAAGGCAAGGAUGGGCACUCCUUCCUGCACUCGGGCGAGCUGAAUGCAGGCACGAAGCACAAGGCCUCCUCGAUUUCUACGCACGGCAAGAACAACGAUGGGUCUCUAGACUGCUGCAUUCGUGUUGAGAUCGAUCAGCAUAACCGUGAGGGGCACACGGAGCCUUAUGGUCUGACAAUCCCUGUACUCAACUAUCAGCCAGAUGUGUACGGAACAAGGAAACACCAUUUACAUCUUCCGGGCCACGGUUCAAGACCCGGCACCGCGGCAAGCAAGGCCACGAAGAAAAAUAGACCGGCCACUGGCACGGCAUCGACUGAAGGCCAUUAG